AUGACGGAGUUGCUUUUAUCUCAGUCACCUAUUCCUUCCUCUCAAGAGCUUGUUUCUUCUCAAGAUAUCCCCAUGUCUCAAGAACGUACAUACAAUGGAAAGUUGGCAAUUAAAAGAUCUUGCAAGGCGGCUGAAUGGGAGUUUAUUAUAAAAGGUGUUGGUCAAGAUUUUUAUGGAGGACGAGAUGAAGCUCGUCUUGUUGUUGAGAAAUAUAACCAUUUUUUUGGUCGCAGGGUGAGAGUCGUCAAGAGCAAUCCAGAACGAUAUACGGUGGAAUGUUAUUACAAGGAGAAAUUGGAAUGCGACUGGAUGUUCCAUGCAGCUUCCAAGACUUCCAAUUUAAAGGGUCACUUAUUCCUCAAGGCCUAUAACGGGGAACAUAAAUGUUGUGCUAGUUAUAGUGAUGGAACAAAGGUUGAUCCGGUUACGCGCGAACUUAUCAAGAGUUUGAUAUUUGAGCAGAUUGAACAGAAUCCCAACAAGAAAGCCAGGGAUAUUGUUAGAGAACUCAAAAGUGAUUAUGGGUUGGAAGUGAGCUACGAUCAGGCGCAUGCCGGGAAAGAAUUAUGUUUCAAGGAAUUGUAUGGCGAGGACAUUAAAUCAUACACUGACUUGAGAUGGUGGUGUGAAGCCGUGAAGAAACACGAUCCAGGUAGUAGGGCUGAUUUAGUUGUUGAAGGUUGCGAGUUUAAGAGUUUGUUCUUAGACUUCGAUGCUUGCAUCUCUGGUUUCGAAUAUUGUCGCCCGGUACUGUUCUUGGAUGCAACUUUCCUAACUGGAAAAUUUAGGGGUUGUCUUAUGGCGGCUACCGGGAAUAAUGCGAAUAAUGGAAUAUUUCCUCUGGCAUAUGAUCGCCAUGAGGGUUUGAUCCAAGGGAUUCGUGAUGUUUUCCCAACUUUCUAUCAUGCUUGGUGUUACCAUCAUUUGAAGAAUAAUGUCCGCAGUAAGACCAACAAGAAAAAGGGAGAGCAUUGUGCUGCGAUGGGUUUGUUCAAAGAAUGUUUCUAUUCAUCGACUCAUGAAGGCUUUGAUCAGGGUAUGAAAAAGUUGAAGGAUAUGGGAUGUGAUGGUCUUCACAAAUUCUUGAGUGAGAUUCCAGUGGAAUUUUGGUCCAAUGCACAUUUCUGGGCUGUCGUUACGGCGACAUGUGUUCAAACAUUGCAGAUUCCUUCAACUCUUGGAUCAAGGAAGCAAAAGAUAUGCCUAUUGCAACACUUGUUAACUGGAUCAGGCUUAAAAUUAUGGAACAGGCUAGAAAAAAAAGUGUUGGCUUCCAUUCGUGCUGGUGUCCAGUGGAGAAUAACCAAGUCUGGUGACAUGGAGUGGGAAGUUUUUGAUGGAAAGCACACGCAUGCUGUUAAUAUUGCGAGGUUUCAGUGCAGCUGUAGGGUUUGGUUUACUGAGAAGUUCCCUUGUGAUCACGCUAUUGUGUGUAUGCAUUCAAAUAACAUCAAUGUUUACGAGUACAUUAAUACGUAUUUCAGCAUUGCUAGCUUCCGUGCUUCGUAUGAUCGUCCUAUCAAGCCCAUUCCUGAUUACGACAAGCCUAUUGAUGUUGCUACUGGAGAUUUCGUGAACCUACCAACUGUCGUAGGAAAAAAAAACAUGGUAGGCCGAAGAAGAAGCGGAUUCCUAACACAGCCUCUUGUUGCACAUUUAAGAUUCAUUUACCUUGAAUUAUAUUUUCGCAACUAG